GAAUCAUCAGAGGAAGCCAGUAAUAAAAUCAAACAAGUGUACAUAGUAGUGUAGACCAGUAUUACAGACUAGAAGGGGACGUCGAGAGGGGGAUUCUGAAAAACAACGGGGACAAUACAAUACGAAAAUCUGCCACCACACCCAGCAACUCCGCCAUGUCGACCGGCACGGGGUUGUCUGGCACUCCGGCCUUUUCGGCGUCGCCGGGGCCAUAUUCUUCCCUCGAAAGCAACAAUGAUAGUGGACGAAGCCGAAUGAACUGGGAACCCGUACGGAGUCGUUUGACAGGCAACGAUCUAGACGAUGCUCUGAAAGCCGCCAGAGAACUCCGGGAAGGAAUCGAAAUCGUCCACACGGUGGAAUUCCCUCUCAUGCUGUCGGCCUUGCUUCCGGCCUUUUCGACGAUCCUGGCUACCAACCCCAACCAACAAACCAGCGCAAAGGAGUCCAUGAAAGGCAACAACAGCAUCAACCCCGCGGCAAAACGAGCAGCGGGAAUCCCCUCUGCGAAAAAGGAACCAUCGCCCGGACCAGCCGCCGAAGCAAAGCGCCCCGAUGAAACGACGCCCUCGUCGCCGCCGAAGCAGCACGACAUCGAAUUCCAGCGGCGGCAACAGCACCGCCACUACCAACUGCGGAACACGAUUCUGGAAAUCAUCAGCCGGAUGCCCAGCAACGAGGUCCUCCGGCCCCACGCACCCCACUUGGUGGCGGUUGCCCUCGACGUGCUCAUCCACCGCCGGGACUACGAAGAAAACGCGCUGCUGGCGUCCCGGAUCAUCUUCGAUUUGUACAAGGCGUACAAAAGCCUGCCACAGGACUACAUCCAGCCAGCUUUGGAUUUUGUGGUCUCGGCCUACAAGGCCCUUCCGUUGGCGGUAAGUUUCGAUGGAACUAAUACGCAGCGACAAUCGUUUGAUCGUCUGUGUAUGAUUCAAGAGUUGCGGAUCAAACGCGAUGUAGCUUCCGACGAGAGAAUACAUUGCUGGAGCGAAGAUCUAUUUGAACGUAUUGCGGUUCGGUUGCAUUAAUCGUAGUGAAUCGUCGUACCCUUGCCGUGCUGUUCACCAACCAAAUACAUUGUAUCCCUGGAUAUUUUUGUCUCGUUCUAAUUUGCGAUGUACAGGUUCAACGAAGCUUCUCGUUCGAGGUGCUCUCCGCUACCAGCUCUAACAUGGACUCAAAAGUCCCCACGGCGGUCAUUGCCACUCCUCCGGGGGACAAGAAACGCAAGUCGCCCCCGGGAGCUCUUUCCGGUUCACAAAACCCACAAAAAAGCAUCAAACAGACGGAUUCGACAACGAUGGACACGACAGACUCGAACGCAAGAAUCCAACCCACCGGAGCCCGCCCAUUGAUGAUGGAAUCGGCGAGUGUUACCGACACCAGGAUGGCAAUAUCGUCUUUUCAUGAGGUUUCUCUGUCUCCGCGAUCCAAUUCGUCGUUCAGGGUCCUCACCGAAUGGCCACUGAUCGUCAUGCUAAUGUUUCAGUUGUAUCCCAAGUUUUUGAAGGCAAACAUCCCAAUCCUAAUCAAAGUGAUGACCGAGGCUCUUGGGCUCCGCGCACCAUCUAUUGAAUUGAUUGAACAACAACAAAAACAGUUGCAGCAACUCACAUCCGCCGGUGCUAGUUCUGAGCAGCAACCACAAUCGGGCCUGGGGGAAACUGCUAGGCGCCUCUACUCCUCUAAGAGCAGGGAAUUGGUUGCGGCCCAGGCCAAGACGCUUUCUUUUCUCACGUUUCUCCUCCGGCGUUUUGUCAACGAGUUGAAACCAUACGAGGAUCGCUUGGCCAGCAACGUGGUUGCUAUCAUGUCGAUUUGCCCGAGAGAGCUGCUCAGCACCCGGAAGGAGCUCCUGGUAGGCACCCGCUACUUGCUGCACAGCGAUCACUUCAAGAACGGCUUCUUUCGCCACGUUGAUUCUCUCCUCGAUGAAAAGAUUUUAAUCGGUUGGUCGUCGAAGCACCAGCACCGCCACCGCUACCUCUGUGACCACAACUCGGAGCAAACGGUCCUGAGACCUCUUGGCUACGCCGUUCUGUCCGAGCUAGUGCACAACGCUCGCAACACAAAGGUGCUCAGCUUGAUGCAAAUAUCCAAGAUCGUAACCAUAUUUUCUCGGGUGCUCCACGAUUCCACCCUCCCGAUGUCCACGCAGUAUACCGGUGUCAAAACGCUGCUGAGUGUCCUCGAUCGCAUAUAUUCCAAUACCGAUCGGAAUCCGCAGCUGGGUCGGGAUCUAUUGGUACGGAUUUUGCGGACCUUCAUGGAGAAACUGUCUAGUCUUCGCAAUGCGAGCGAUACAGAGGCCAAAGCUACAGCUAGCAGUAGUAACAAGGACCCUGGGAGUGAUGAAUCACAAUAUUCACCGGGACGUAACGAGACGGGUUCUGGCGGCAAAAAGACGAGCAGCGAAAGUGCGAAUGACGAGCAUAACAGAGAGCAUUCCUAUUCCACGGAACCGAAAAAUGAGCCACUUAAAGACAAAAAAUCCAUGGUACGAAUCAUCGUUGUUGGGUCGAAGACUCUUAUUUGGUAUAUAAACAACUAUCGGAAGCAACGAGAAAAGGAACGAAUCGAAAACAGGCACCCACCCGCUGGGGUCAACAACGAAGAAGUUUACUCUGGUUUGUCAAAGAUCACACAUUCGGAGCAUGCCCUGAUCGACCAGUACAUUGUUUUAGGGUUUCCAUGUAUAAAAAUUCUCAAAGAAUCAAACCAAGGCGAAUCGGGGUCAAGAACUGGUGCCCUUGCAGCGACCGGAGAGAGACAAGCUACGGAACAGUUCAGAGACACCCUAACAUACUUUGCAGCAGCCUUUACCACUCUGGAUGGACAUGAUUUGAGACGAACAAUGGGGAGACGACUGGAUGUGCUAGUGGAGGCCGUAAAGGACGAUCCCACUGCGAUCAUUGUUCCUAGACAUUUGCUGAGCGCCAACGCCACAACAAGUUUUGAAUUCUGUAGCAUGAUGCUGAAUUUCUUGGUCGAGCGAAUGGACAACCUUGUUCUCGAAAAAAACGAGAAUAUUUGCUUUCUCUCAGUUCCGUCCGAGAACGAAACCGAUCGAUUGCAUGUUUUCGAAGAGUUAAUGAAAGAAAAAGCCAAGAUCAAAAGAGAAGACAUGGAAAAAACCUCAAACUCCUACCUCCAGCUCUUUGAGCGCAUUCUGAAGUCGUUGUCCUCUUAUCCCGAGAACGAGCGCGCGUUGCGCCCAUACCUGAAAGAAAUCGUCUCAACAUGCUUACGCUCCUCUCUAGAAAAGACAGACGUCAAGGCCGACAACUAUUGCAUGCUGCUGCGUUAUGUGUUCAGGUCGAUUUCCGCUGGAAAAUUUGAGGACUCGUACCGUGAACUUUUGCCCUUGAUUCCAGCUGUCUUGAAUGGGUUGUUCCGAGUCUUGUUGAGCACCGAGGAUAUCACCCUCCGGCAUACCUUGAUUGAGCUUGUUCUGACGAUCCCAGCAAGGUUGUCCUCUCUCUUACCUCACAUGAAUUUGCUUUUGAGGAUAAUUAUCUUAGCCUUGAAAUCCAACUCGGACGAUUUGGUGAAUCUUGGGUGCGUCACUUACUGCUUCACUCAACGUAAUGUUUGAAAUCUUUGUCAUAUUUUCUAACAGUCCUGCAUUCAUAUUUCUUCAAAUCUUCGCAGAUUACGAACACUGGAAUUUUGGGUCGAUAACUUAAAUCCUGAGUUUUUAUUCCCGGAACUCUCAAAGCAAAAAGCGGUUUUCGUUUCAUUAAUGAAAGCGUUAUCUAUACAUCUGAGACCGGCUCCGUAUCCGUAUGGAUUGCUAACUCUUCGUCUUUUGGGAAAGCUUGGAGGGAAGAAUAGACGAGUCUUGCGCGAACCAAUAGACAUCAUAGACUCAAAGGCUAUUAUGGAAAACUCGGUAGGAAAAUUAAGUUUGGGAUUCACUUGGUCUGCCAAUACGAGUCAAAUGGGCGAGGAAUCUAAUGGAACAGAAGGGCUUUCGAGUGAAUCAGUCUUCGAAAUUCAUUUACCUAUUAAGAGGUGUCUUGAACUUUUGAAACGAGUGUCUACUGUCAAUUUGUUUGGGUCGGAGGUAGCAUUGCCAGGGGAGGGAAGUUCUCUGGUAAAAAUAGAAGAGAAUUCUGAUGACGAAGGGCUGGAACAGCAGGGUAUCACAGUAUUAUUAUCAACAGACGUUUGUGAUAUUGACCUCCUUCGUUAUUGUAAGGCCGUCACUGAGAAAACAACGAUGAGCCAAGUGAAGGCCGCAAUCCAAGUGCUUAAGAGCUCUCUAACGAGAAUAAUUGACGUACCGAAUAGUAGCCUCAAAAAUAUUCAUAUGACGGGAGCAGGUAACUUAGACAACACUGAGGGUCAUACUGAAGGGGGCAUUUUUGAUAUGCAAGCCAUUGCUACUCGUUUGGCGAAUUACAACAAUGAAUUCCACACUAUUGUCAUGGGUUUAAUGUUCGGUUGUUCAUUUUUGCCCACAAGGGAGAAAGAGCUAUGUUUUAUGAAGGGAUUGCUCACGUCAAUUUACGUCACAAUUACUAGCAAUCAGGGCAGUAUUAUACGCGUGGAUGCGAAUGGAUCAUCGAUACAUCAACCAAAGAAUGAUACUGAAACAAAAAGUGAAUUCGGCGAUGAUGGCUUGGGUUCAUUGAAACCAUUUGGAUAUUUUGAGUUGAACGGGCCCCUUAAGUAUACAACUGACCCGCUUACAAUUAAUCGAUCACUGGCAGAAUUUCUAACACAACCAUCCCCGGCACUCAUCUCGGUAGGAAUGAACAUACUGGAUCAUGUGCUCAGGCUUCCAGUAUCUUUUAAGAAUACUAAUACAGAUGAAAAGUCGAAGUCGGGUGAAUUGGACAGAGGCUCGAUGAUUUUUUUCGAAAGUUUGUUAAGUGCAUUGUGCGGUCGAUGCGUAUCUUCGGAUUGGAGUGAACGGUGCGGUUUAUACAAAGGGAUAAUUCUGAUGGUUGAAGUUCUUGGGCAAUCUUGGGCAAAGAAAUACGAGAUAGAAAUUAUGAAUGUAGCUUUAUAUUCAGUGAAGAGUGUACCGGCAGAGAUGUCCAUCGCAGGGGUAAAGAGCUUUGAGUUUUUGGUUAAACUCUGCUCUACUCUCUACGGCAAGCCAUACAUAAACGAAAAUCAAGACGAUAAGAUACCAUUUAUUGUUGACAUGCUCUCUCUUCUGAGAAGAAGAGAUGAGAAGGCCACGGAGCCUCGAACUAGUAUCACAACUCCGUGCGAUGAUGUCUUGCAGAUACUCAUAAAUGAAAUGGCCUCAACAAUUCCAUUGAUGCGGUAAGUAUUUUCCGUUGGUUUAUACUGUCUAAACUCAAUUUUUUUGUUUUCUAAUUCUGUUUGUGGUUAUGAACUGCUAGUUUUGCUGCCCGAUUUGUUUUUGAGCAAUAUUUCCUGAAUGCGAAGACAGCAGCUGAUGCAAAAUCUGUACUAGGGAAGCACAUAACUCUUAUUCGAAGGGUUUUAUUUUCUCGGUCUCUACGUCUACUUCCACUGCAAGAGCAAGUAGGUGCCGUGGAAGCACUUAACGUGCUUGUUGAUCAGGUGCCACAUUUAAUUCCAUUGGAGGAUCAACCUCUUCUGGCGUUUCUGUCGGAACUUUUAAAAAUGUCAUCGGUGGCUGAUGGUGAAAUGACCGACAACAAUCUGAUUGGUAGUGUUGUGGACAAAAACGGUUUUGUUUUACCUGGUGCAGAUCAGAGAUAUCGCGCUAAAAAUAAUGACAUGAAUGAUACUCAUCCAUCCCUACGCCCAUCAUCCCUUUUUCUUAGAAGGGAUUGCAUUCUUUCAACUGAUUGUCACAAGAUACUCAUCGGGGAGGAGCUACCGCAUGGGGUACAACUUCGUGUCUCCUCUAUUCAAUUGCUUCGAUCAAUAAUUCGUGGCCAUCCAGACAAUUUUUUCAAUGCGGAGUCUUCGACACCAGUUGGUAAGUCAGCAAACAGUGAAGAGAACAACAAUGAAGGACAAAAUUGGGAUAAUGAAGUGAAUCUAAUAUCUAUCUUUCUUUCACGCAGGAAAUAUUCGACCACAUAUUAUAAGCCUAUUAUUUCGAUCACUUGUGUCCCAACCAGUCCAGGCAGUAAUUGCUUCUCAUGAUGCGUUAAGAGAUGUAUUGAGGCUAAGCGUCGUGACUACAGACGGCCCCGAAGGCUCAAGGUCCAAAUCCCGUCUCAGAAAAGAGCUACUUCAGACUUGUAUACGACCUGUCCUUUUGAAUCUAAGAGACUAUACCCGCCUGUCGACAUGCCUGCUCAGAGGUCUGUCGCAGCUGCUUUCACUGCUCUCUUCGUGGUUCAACAAGACCCUAGGCGAAAAAUUGAUCGAUCACUUACAAAAAUGGACUAAUCCAAGUGUAAUAAGAUCGCAUAAAAUAUGGAAAGAAGGCGAAGAACCGGAUGUCGCAGCUGCUAUCGUUGGUCUUUUUGCACUUCUUCCCCACGCUUCAAAUUUUGUUGACCCUAUUGUGAAGUUAACAUUAAAACUUGAAGCGUGUCUUCCGGCAUACAAGUCGCGCCAUGUUCGUUCACCUUACAGAAAGCAGCUUGCCCUAUAUCUGAACAAAUACAGUCAAUAUACAGCAAACUUUUUCCUGCCGCGUCUGAAAACGCCUCUUUACACCGAACUGUUUCAGGAUAUCGUCAAUUUUCAGGGCUCUUCGCAACUCCGGCAAUACCUUAGCGCCAAGUGCUCUGAUUCGAUCCUGAACGUUUCAUUUAAAUGCCCUCUAGCAAUCAUUCGCUCCGAGAAAGCGUCGGUCACCAGUGCCUCUCCAACUAAAUCCCUAAAAAGCGAUACGUCUUUGUCCCUUUACGGUAUCCAUUCUUAUUCUACGCUGCAACAACAAGAGGCAAUGCGAGAUCUCGCUAUGAAAAAGAAGACAUUUCAGUACCUACAUCAAGAGUAUACGAAGGCGAGAACAGCCGCAAGUGCCAAAAAUGCACCACCAGAAGCCAAGGUAGCCUUCGAAGAGACAACAAAGAAACUCAAGACCGCCAAGGUUUCGCUUGAAAGAGUAACACGAGAAGUGACUGAGAUUGAGAAACGACGUAAAGCUGAAAAAGAACAGAUGGGUCAAGAAUCUCCUUCUAGUGAUCUUAAAGGUGCAACCCCGAUGACAAUCGAUUCUCUAGAACUACAAUUUCAAGGUUUUAAUCUGAUUGAAACACUUGUGAAAUACGAUCAUAGCUAUUUGAAGCACCACAACGAUGUUCUGCGAGCAUUGAGAUGGCUGUGGAGAAGCAAAGGCAGGUAUCUGAGAAUGCAGCACGAAGAAUCGAUAUGCCCAAGGUAUCAAGGAGAAUCGAAGGCCUUGGCAUCAUUCCUUCUAAGCUAUUACAAAGAUUCUCCGAAUGAUGUGGACCUUCUUUUCGAGCUCAUUCGCAUCUUUUUACAGCCUACAAGUGGGGACUUCUCAUUUGUGAGAUCAUUUUUGCAAGAGAUUUCGUCAGGACUUGGAGAAGUACAAAAGGAUCAAAUUAUGCAGCGCUUUUUCUCUCUAAUGGCAGGAGAGAGUACAGAAGAAAUAAAACUGCUGUCUCUGCAACUUGUGGUCCACCCGAUGCUGCAUUCCUCCUUUCACGCAAAAGAUGAAGCGAAUAAUAAAACUUCAGGAUUCAAUGAAGAUGGAUCAUCGGGAGAUCGUGUGAUAUCAGAGAAAAACGUAGAUACAUGCCCAGAAGGUCGAGAGUCUAUUCGCUUCCUCAAUCCAUCUAUUGUUCAAAAGUUUGUUUCGGAUGUGCUAUUUCACAAUGGGAGUGUCAAUCCUUGCGGAGAACGACUUAAAGUAGGCAUAUUGCAGAUUUGUGAUCUCUUUCUCGAAUUCAUUCCAAAUAUGAUUGGUGAACGAAGGAUUGACUUACUAAAUUUCUGCCUGUCACUUCUGAAAAGUGACGAUCCCUCCUGCAAGAAUUGGUCGUAUCUUGUUCUUUGUCGAUACAUCAGUGUUAUUGAUACUCAGCAGAGCGUUAUUCUUCAGGUGUAUUAUGCUCUCUUGCGUGCUCAUCAACACGAAGGGAAAGAUCUGGUGAAAGCAGGACUUAACCUCUUAGUGUCUGCGUUACCGAAAAGACUGGACAGUGCAGCUUUCAAAAGUGCAAUCGACAAAACAUAUAGAGUGAUGUUCGAGGAAGGAAACUCUGUUCCUCAGCUUUCUCAUGUCUGGUACAUUGUUGUAAAUAACCCUGACAUCUUCGUGCAUAGACGUUGUCAGCUUGUACGCUACAUGAUCAAUUCGCUGAACCGUCUUGGACUACCACCGAAUAGUUCAUCAGAAAAUCGAGUUCUAGCGAUAUCUAUAAUCGAGCUUGUUUUGGUUUGGGAUGAAGAACAGAAGACGAAAGCAUGUAAUCAUGUGGAACAGUCUCCCAAUGCAAUGGAUAUUGAUCUAGUUAUCUCUUCUGAAAAGUCCAGUCAUUCUCAAGUGCAGUCAUUGAAUGUGAAAAAACAGACAAAUUAUAGCGCUUCUGACGAUUCAAUGCUCAAUUUGGACAAAUCAAUGGUUGAGACGAUUUUGAACUUUCUCAUCCGACUGAAACUUGUUCUUGCAGAUCCUAAAGUUGAUACCUCUUCAGCUUGUAUUGGUCCGAAACUCGAUGUUUUACUUCGAAGAGCUACUCGUCGAUGGAACGGUUCUGAUAUCCGACCAGCAUACUUUGAAAAGGUUGUUUCGAUGUGUAAAGAGGAUGACGAAUAUUUCACUCAAGACAAUAAGACAAAGGGCAAAGCGAAAGCUGCAAAGGACCCUGACAAGUCGAAUUCCAAACCAUCGAAACCUGAUGACACAAAGAAAUCAGUUACUGGUUUGUCUGAUAUUUUGACUGCGUGUCUUGAAAUAUUCUUGAUGCUUGCGGAAGAAGACCCGUACAACUUCUUUUUGAUUGAAAACCCAGAUCAGUUAAAAUGCAUUUUGAGUACAUGCUUCAGAUACUCGAGGACUCCAACAGAAAUUCGAAUUCGAGAAAAACUUGAAACGUUCCUUGUCGCCUUCUUGUCUCUUGGGUCUCGCAUGGAUCAAAGAAUUGUACAACCAAUUACAGUGUGGAUUGAAAAACUACUUACUGAAGCGGACAUUGAAUACCGCAAAAACCAUGGCCAGGUUAAUGAAACUCCACGUCAGGCUAGAUUCCGCCAUACAACGUACACAGAGGAGCUGCGUCCAGAAGACUGCGCUGUCUUGUUCGGCCUCGGGAUCAUCAAAAAGGUUGGAAGUGUUUCCCCAUCUUUUCCGAAAACUUUCACCACCUCUUUGAUUUCGCUCUUGAGCACUAUCGUUAAGAAACACACUCACCAAGCAGCUGCAAAACAGAAACAAAACGGCGUUGCUUAUAAUGCACAGACUGGGACGAUGAGCAUUCGUGAGAUGUACUCGACCCCUAUUGCUGGUAUUCUUCAACAAGUCUUCCCAGAAAACGUUCGGUCACCUGUUGCCGGCAUCGCGAGGAGUUCUCAAGGGAGACAACACGAUCUCUCUAAGGAUUUAAAAGAUUUCGAUUGCAUGCUUCAGGCUGCGGUUAUCAUUUUGGAGAUUUUGGGUAAUAGUGACGCAGCGUAUUUGUUUUCAAAUAACAGGAAGAUACUAUUAAAUCUUCUGCAGUCCAUCUUUUACAUGAGCAACAAUGUGCGGCUUCUCCUUUCUGCUAUCCGGGUGGUAGGAAAAUGGCUGGUUGCAGGAAGAUCGGGGCCACUUACGACGAAGGAGCGGAACAGCUUUUUUUGGAAAAUCUCCUCCUUUGAUUUCAAUGGUCUUUCCGAUCCAAUCUCCCAGCCUCUCUCCGAUCUUGUUUGUCAUUAUAUGAGUGUUUUGCUAACUAAGUCUGAUACUUUUUCAGAAAAUGGAAAGGACGAUAAUGGAGGCAUGAUUACGAGUCGUUCAAUUACAGCUUGUUUGAUGACAGCUGAUGACAGUGCCAGGCAACGUAUGCUAUCUUUUUUCCAACGAUCACGAUGCCAAACAGGAGAAAAGGCGCGUCGACCUACAGAUAUACUUUGGCAGCUCUUCCAUAGUGAUUUCGAAGGAUUAGGAGGAAGGCAUUGGGUGGUGGUGUUUGUAGAGAUGUUAUUGGAAUGUGUUGUUCCACUGUGCGAAAUCAAAAAUGUCGCUCCAGCAGGAUGCGAUUUCAGGGUGAAAAGAAGGUUGCCUAAUCCUGUCACGGGAUCUGAGUCCUCCAACCUCGAUGUUGGUCUCUCAGUUGUGUCCACGUAUGAAGCAUUUCGGAGCUCAAUGAAAAGAGAAUGCUCGAAUCUAGGGAAAGAUGCAGGGUAUUUCCUUGGUGCAUUGCGCCGUUUGGCUCAUGGAGAUAGUUUUAUGUGUCAAUCUCUGAUGCAGACGCUACUACCAGCAUCUUGGAGGGAUAGUCACGAAGGCUCAGUCAAAUAUCGCCUUGUGUCUGCAAUGGAGUCUUUUUUGUCACGCCCUUUCCACUCGCAAACUUUCAAAAAAGAGACAAGCGAAACUCUGCUCCCCUCAAAUGCCAUCAAAUCAUUUCUUUCGAGCCUUGUCAACAUGAACCCUUUGCCAACAAUUGAUGUUGAUUUACUGGUCACGUUAGCUCAAAGCCACAACUCGUGGUAUGAGGUUUUGUCCAUACUGGAAAAUCAGCAUUUGGUUCUAUCCCCUUCGAAUCUAUCUGAAUCCGGAUCAACCAGAUGUGAUAAAAUACUUCUUGCUAUAAGACACUGUUACCGGCAACUCGGGGAAAACAGUAUUUGGUCAACAUUGGCGCUGAAGUCAUGUGCUCUCCCAGGAACAAGCUAUGCUACAUCGCUUGAGAUUUAUGGAAAAGUAGACAAGGCACUAGAGGCCUAUUCCGGCCUCAUUGAUUUGGUUGAAUCUGAAGGGUCUGCGAAUGCUACAUAUUUCGAAAUGGAUUAUUGGGAAGAAAGAUGGGUCAACCUUCAGCAACAAGAGCAACAACUCGAGGUUGUAUCUGAAUAUGCAACACAAUCUAAGAACGAAGAAGUGAUGCUUGAAUGUGCUUGGCGAGAGAGAGAUUGGGAUAGUGUACGGGCUCUGUGUUCUGCUCCCCGUAUCGUUGCAGCUGUCGAAUCAGGGGAUCCUGCGAUGAAAAUAUGCGAAACGUUAUCAGCUGUGGCCGAUGGAAAGUUGGGGGACGUAGAAAAUCUCCACGCUCAAAGUUCUCAACUAGCUUUAUAUAAAUGGCAAAAUCUUCCUACCUUUUCUGGGGGGAGUUGUGCACAUGCGAAGCUGUUGCAUUAUUUCCAUCGAUUGGUUGAAAUAAGAGAAUCAGGUCAAAUAAUGGUCGAAACAAACAACCACUCUACUGGGAAAACGCUUCCCGAUUUGAAGAACCUUCUGAAGUACGUGUUAGAAUAUGAUUGCUUCGGUAUUUUUCGUUUUAACUGUUUCUUUCAAUACAAAACUAACAUAUUUUUAGCGCAUGGAGACAUCGGCUUCCAAACGACGAAGAAGAGCUAACGGUUUGGGAUGAAAUAUUUACCUGGCGUGCACACAUGUUCAACGCCAUCACUUCAAACUUUCAUUGGAGUGAACCGAGUACUCUGGCUACGCUUCAUGAUCGCCCUUGGACUGGUAAGUUCUUCAAAAAUGGAACUCAUUUUGAACGAACGACGCGUAGCUUCUCUGUGAUCUUCUAACAUGAUUUAUGCUGUUCCUAAUUCAAUUCGUCUUAAAGCUAUUCGAAUGUCAACAGUGGCUAGAAAGCACGGUAUGCAGCAGGUAAGGUCAUUUGCAAUCGAUUCAUUAAGUGGAUUCAAACUGAAGAUAUGGAUCUCAAUUCUCACAUUUCGGUUGACCAAAAUUUAGGCUGCUUUUCUCUUACUGAAUCGAAUUACAGAUAGUAGAGCGAUGGAUGUUUCCGAUGUUUACCUGAAACUCCGGGAGCAAAUCCUACUGUAUAAUAAUCCCAGGAGUGAGCUUGAGAGAACUGGUGGGUUGAAUCUCAUUAACACAACUAACCUUUCAUAUUUCGAUUCACUACAGAAGAGCGAACUUUUUAGGUUAAAAGCUAUCUUUUUGGCAUCUCUACGCCGAACAUCAAAAUCUAACCAAGCCUACUGCCAUUCAGUGCAGAUCUGUCCAAGCCAUACGAAGUCAUGGAUUAGUUGGGGUGGGCUUUGUUCUUCCUUAGGUACGAUGACAGAGAAACAAGCUGAGCAAGCGCGUUCUAGUGGAGCCGACAAUGCUCGUGAUUCCAGAACUGAUUCAACAAAGAAAGUGGCCCAAUACCUGGCUCAGGCAAUGGGUUGUUUUAUCGAAGCAAUUCAAAUUGAUCCAAACGAAAAAUCUCGAAUUCAUCUUCCAAGGUGUCUCUGGAUGUUAACCAAAGAUGGUUCUUCGCCUGGCGUUUUAUGUCAAACACUCGAGAAUAGAGGAACAAAACUUCCACCUUGGGUGUGGCUCCCAUGGAUGCCUCAGUUGCUCACUGGGCUCUGCCGAUUAGAAGGGAGAACGAUAAGGGUUUUGCUUUCUCGUGUCAUCAAAGCUUAUCCACAAGCAGCUUAUUACUCUCUCCGAGCCUUUUAUCUAGAAAGGAGAGAUGUUGAACGAGCGAAAGGGGGAAAUGUUGCUCCUGGACAACACAUGGCUUCUGUCGCUUAUGCCGAAGAAAUGAUGAGCACUCUUCGCCGAUCUCAUGCAUCCUUGUGGAGCUCUUUAGAGGCAAUUCUCGAAGAGCUGAUUGUCAAAUUUCGACCAUCUUACGAAGAAGAACUGUUGGCAACAAUUUCUGCUCUUUUAGAGCGAGCUGAAUCUCACGCCGAAAAGCAGUCUCUACCAGAUGAAAAGCGUGCAGAGGACGAGGAAGCAAUGGUAGCAUCUUGGUCGAAAACUUUAAGUCGAAUUGCUGCAAAAUUCUUCCGAGAGACCGAUUCGACCAGUUCAUCAAGUAGACGCGACGAAAGGGUGAAAAAGACUGCAGAUUUCAAACGGAAAUAUAAGGCAGACUUUGAACUAGACUUUAAGGUCACCACACCUGACAGAAAACAGGGAGCUACAACUAAGGCUUCGAAAGCGCAGUUUCGUCUUGCAGAAUAUAUCACGAAGCUUCAAAUCUGGAAGGAGAGGUUGGAGAUCCAGGUUGCUCGAACACCGAGCUAUCUACCAUUAAUUGAAUCGUCUCAUUCAUUAGCGAUAUUCCAUGGGAGUUUUCCAAAUCUAUGGCCCGGAUCCUGUGAUACUCGUUACUCUUAUGGAAAUGACCGAAGUUCGAAAGAGGAUAGCCAGAGCAGUAGGACACCAUCGUCAACUUCAUCAUCGGCUGCAACUGCACGGAAAGCAUCACUUGGCGCUGCCCUAAUGGCAGCAAAUGCAGCUGCACGGGAAGGCGUUGGAGGCGAAUACGGUGGCGGCUCUGCAGCGAUUGAAAUUCCGGGGCAGUAUUGUCCGAACACUUCGAUGUCUACUGAUAUCAAGCCAUGUCCAGAAUUGCACGCAAAAUUAAUCAAAUUCGAACCUCAUGUUGAAGUUUUGCGUCGCAAUGACCAGCUGGUACGACGGUGCGGUAUGAUUGGUAGUGAUGGGCGCACUUAUAAAUUUCUGCUUCAGUUUGCUAUUCCUUACUGGACAAGAACCGAUGAGCGGGCUGCCCAGAUAUCGUACGUUAUUGAGAAGUUUUUGCGUCAGAAUAUCGUAUCCGCAAGGAACUAUAUCAAUAUACAGCCAACUGCAGCUAUACCUGUAGCACAGCGUUUACGAAUGACCCCAGACCCCGACUGUCGAAUUGCACUUGAUGAAGUGUGGCGAACUUCCAAAUACGAGACGAACGAGAAGAAAUCAAUUGCUAAUUUCUUUUCGAAAGAAUUGACCAAAAAACUGAAAGAAGCAAUUUCCCAUGAUUCGUCUGGGGAAAGCAAGCGCAACAUCGAGAAAGAAGUGCGAUUGAAGGUUUACAAUGAGAUCUGCAAGUCAAAGGUAGACGAUCGAAUUCUGCUCCGUUAUCUAAUGAAGAUUUUGGACAGUCAAGAACUGUUCUUUUUGCUGCGUCGCUCGUUUGCUGUGCAAUUGGCGGCGAAUUCCUUGCUUCAGUAUGUUUUUUCUGUAGCUGAACGCACGCCUCAACGCUUUGUCUUUCUUCAGAGCAAUGGCAAAAUAUUAUCACCCGACUUCCGUAUCUCAUAUUCAAAUCAAGGAUUUAUUGAAGGCUUCAACCAGGUUCCUUUCCGUAUGACUCCAAAUAUUCAAAGAGUUCUUGGUGAACAUUAUAUCCAGGGUAUCUUCGUUCGAUCAAUGGCAAUGAUAGCUGGUGCGGUUAAAGAACACAAGGAUGAAUUCGACCCAAUCCUACGCCUGUUGAUGAGAGAUGAUAUAUUGGCUUGGUACAGUAAAUCGCUUGCAAAAACAGACUCCAAGACUCAGGAACUUGAGAGGCAGUUAAUCGAAAGAGUUUCCAAAAACGUACACACUUUACAAUCUCGCUUCUCGGAGUGUUCUCCUAAAGGAGGUGAUGAAACAUACGGGGACAGCAACAAAACAGCUCCUCUGGAUCAUCGAGUGAAUGAACUGGUUCAGGCAGCGACCGAUCCAGAAAAACUCUGCAUGACUCGAAUAGGUUAUCAGGGGUGGCUCUAGAUUAUCAUGUUAAAUAAGCUUAUGCUUGACUGUGGGCUCUGCUGUUACCUCUCAAAAAUUAGUAUCUCUUCAAAUUUUUUUUUGGUCUCAAGACUUCAUGAAAGUAUGUAGGCCCUGCGUUUGCCAGCUAUCUGCUUCACCAGAGGACAACAAUAUUCUACAUGAAUCUCAAACUUCAACUGAAUAUAUCUCAGCAAGUACACUAGCUGUGUUUGUAUAGAAUAAUAGUCCCCUCUUUGGUGAGGAAGAUUUGCAUUCAGGAAUAGCCAGCACA